CGCCCGUCGGCGACUCCCCUCACUCAGUUUCGGGCAAGAUGGGCGCACCUCGCCGGGCAGUAGCUUAGUCUCUACCUACAAGACAACACACACACUAAAUGUUUCCUAUAGUUAACAAUUAACCAAUUGUAUAUUAAUCUUAUUUAAGGGAACAGACACACGCGCGCGCGAGAAGAUAGAGACACACGCGCGUACUCUAUACACACACACACGCACAUACACACACAAGUUCUAUUUUUGUAAUAACGACGUUGUAAUAGCGACGUAAAUUCUCAAGUAGUGUGCUCUCGCCGCGAGACAACGCGGUGUGUAAUUCGUACGGCCGUUGAAAGAGAGAGAGAGAGAGAAGAUCGAAACUCGUACUUUAUACGCGCGCUUCUACGUGCAAGUAGGAAGAGAAGGAAGAUCGCGAAGAGAAAAGGAUCAUCGCGAAGAGGAGGAAAGGAAGCAUAGAUCGAGAAGAGAGGAGCGGCCGUUGCGCCUGUAUGUGUAUGUGUGUUUCUUAUACGUGUGUGUGAGAGGCAACCAGCAGCAGCAGCAGCAAGCGGUAGUCGCUGGACGUGCGUAACUCGGCCGAGACGGCGACCGCAAGGACGACGACGUCGAGAGCGAUCGCGGGAGGCGAGGGAGACGACGAUCGGGUUGGUGGCACCCUCCGGGAACGGAGAGAGCAUCGGACGGAGGGAGAUCGGUCGACGCGGGGAAGGCCGGACACGACGUGCCGCCGCCGCCUCCAUCGUUCUCGGCGACAGUGGUGGCGAUAGAGGAGGAGGUGGAAGAGGAGGAGGAGGAGGAAGAUCAGCGGCGCGCUUAGAAUGAGAAACGGCCGAUAAGCGGCGGCGCGGUGCGACGAGUUCCCCUUUGACACACGGUGCAGUCGUCAACGGCGGUCGCGGCGCCGUUAGUCUCUCCGUUUCGCGGCGCAGCGCGACGCAGCAGCGUGCGUUGUCUCUCUCUCUCUCUCCCCCUUACUCUUUCUCUCGUUCGCUUCCCUUUCUCUCUCUCUCUCUCUCUCUUUCUUUCUUUCUUUCUUUCUCUCCUUGUCCGAGACGGUCGUCGGGUGUGUGCGAUGCGUGCGGUGCGUGCAUGGUGCGUUUGAUACGUAUAUGUAGAGUAAACGAGGGAGAAUAGUUAAUAACGACGACGGAAGCCGUUACGGGAGAGGAGAGGUGCGCGAGAGGAAAAAAGAAGACGUCGUUGGAGAGAGCCAAUCGGGAACCUGCCGGUGUGCGUACUACCGUGAGGUAGUAGUUAACAACGGCGAUAGCAGUGUAUUCGACGAUCAGUGUCGCCGGUGAGCGAGGAAAACUCGUCGUGCGGUGCGACAAGUAACGACUCUGUCGGACGGAAAGCGGACGAGAGGAACGGCGAGGAGCCGCCGACAAGCAAGAGGAGGAGGAGGAGGAGGAGGAGGAGGUGAAGGAACCGGAGUGGCGGCGCUAAAGCGACCGGCGGCGACGGCUGACGGUGGUUUUUAGGCUGCGCGCCGGCGUAUUAUUGUUAUUAUUGUUAUUAUCAACGCGACUGUGCAGCUGUAUCGUCCAUUCGACGGAACACCACGACGCAGCAACCACAAGGCCGCUAACAUGUCUGUGAGAAUGGAAAACGUGGCCGCGCGGAAGAUCAAUUAUAAAAUGAUGAAUACAAAUGGACCGAGGCCGACGUACGUAGGCGCCAACAACGGUAACGCGGGCGGCGCCGGCGGAGGCGGCGGUGGUACUGGCGGCGGCGGCGGCGCCGCCAAUACUGGCAGCGUCGGCGUAGGACCCGCGAGCGGCGCGGGUAACGCCGGAUUGAAGGGCAACACGGGCGGUGGACCGCGGGGCGGCAAUCCGGUGCAGUAUCGUGCGAGCGGAGGCGGUGGUAGCGGUGCCGGCGCGGCCGCCUGGAGCACGGCGCCGUCUCACGCGGCCGCGGCCGCAGCGGCAGCAGCGGCGGCCGCUUACCCGCCUUACACGCGACACCCAAGCGCGGCUGCGGCGGCCGCCGCGGUCGCCGGUGGUCCUCAACAACUACCGGCAUCCGCAAAUCCCUUCGUCACCGCCACGUACGCGCAGCACGCGACGUAUGGUGGACAGCGGGUGCCUACAGCUUCAUCUCCGGCGAACACUAACAGCAGCUCUAGUAGUGCCACUGGCAGCCAAAGUGGGACAAUGAGCACGAGUCUCAGCAACAACGCUAUGCAGGGUCAACAGGCGGAGCAGCUGUCUAAAACAAAUCUAUACAUCCGUGGCCUCAAUCAGAAUACGACUGACAAAGACCUCGUUAAUAUGUGUUCUCAAUACGGAACUAUAACUUCCACCAAGGCAAUUUUAGACAAAAAUACAAACAAAUGUAAAGGUUACGGAUUUGUAGACUUCGAGUCACCGAUGGCGGCAGAGGGUGCUGUCAAAGCACUGGUCGCCAAGGGGAUACAAGCGCAGAUGGCGAAAGUGGGUAUCUGGUUGCUCCGUAGACUGGACAGUGUACGUGGUUGUGCAUGCAAGUACAGACAACAGGAGCAGGACCCCACCAAUCUGUACAUUGCCAAUCUACCGUUAACCUUCAAGGAGAAUGACGUCGAAGCAUUGCUGGCUCAAUAUGGACAGGUCAUUUCAACUCGCAUCCUCCGCGACACUUCGGGUCAAAGCAAAGGUGUCGGAUUCGCAAGAAUGGAAUCCAAAGAAAAAUGCGAGCAAAUUAUCCAGAUGUUCAAUGGAAAAGCGCUGCCAGGCGCAAAGGAUCCUUUAUUAGUUAAGUUCGCUGAUGGUGGAAACAAGAAGAAAUCGUUGUUCAAGAGUACAAUAUGGAGAGAAACUGGAGAAAACAUGACUUUGAAUUACGACACAAGCGGCGUCGGCCAGAACGGAGUUGCUGCCACUCACAUGCUUCCUGCGGCGACUCUGACGCAGUACAGCCGUCACUAUGGUCAAGCAUUGCCUGGUUACAGUGUGCCAGGCACUCCUUGGGUGGCACCUUAUCUCGUGCAUCCUUCCCCACCACAUAUGCAACAGGUUGACAAAACCGUGUUCAAUUGCUGUUUUAGCUUUAACAAGAUGAUACCGUCGGCCGAUCCUAGCAAUCCGCAGUACAGUAUGAUUCCUCAGCUUACCACGCAGAUGUCUACUUUGCAUCUCGGCACUGGUUCCUACAUAGCGAGCCCGCAUCCCUAUCCUUACACCACUUACCCCGCCCCCAGCAUCAUUCACACUAUGCCACUGGGCGAGUCGGAGCAGACGAGUAAUGCGGCGUCCCCCGACGAUUCCUAUCAACAAUACCAGGCUCAACAGCCUAAGUAGGCCACGGUUUAUAAUAGAUGUACGAUCACGCUAAGAGUUACAUAAGUUAGAAAAGGCAUACUGAUAGAGAGAGAGAGACGCAUCAAGAGACACGCGUAGAAUGAGCGACAGCAAUCGACACCGAGCGGGAUUAUACUAAGAAGAAUAUAGAUUUGAAACAAAAACUACAUUACGUAACGGAUAAGAUUCUUCCUCACGAUAAAUUGACUUGCCAGCGAUGUUUUAUACGUUUUAUCCAUCAGUAAAUAGGGGAAAGUAGUUGAUAUUUUGCAACGAGUAGGCAGAAUGAAUGUUGAAAGAAUGUGUAAGCGCGAAAGAGAGCGAGUAAAGAGAGAGAAAGACAGAAUAGAAUUGAAAAAAUAGAGGAGAAAAAAACAUGAGAGUGAUCACGUGUCAUCCGUGCGGAUUAGCAUGUGCUUCCGCACUGAUAUGGCUCCGUUAAAACUAUCUAUAUAACGGUAAUAACACAUACACUCCCAUGUACAUACAUAGAUACACAGAGAGAGAGAGAGAGAGCGAUACACACACAUAUACACACAGUGACAAAAAAGUUAUUUACGAAGGGCAGUUUAGUGUCAAGCUGAUAGGCUUCCAUGAUGUAACUUUAGGUAUUACAUUUACUAAGAACAGAUGAGACAGAAAUUGAUCGAAACUGAUCUUGAGAACUCGAGAAUAUGAAUAAGUAUUUUAACGAGUAAGAGAGAAAGAGAGUAUGUGCGUGUGCAAAUUGUAAGGGAAAAAAACGAAUAAAGGAGAAAAAAAGGUAAUGCUGCUCAGAAAUAUAUAAAGAAGAAAUUUCUUAAGGAAAAUUCCUAAGGAAAAUUCUUCCUAAAGACAUAAUAGUAAAUGAUAAUACGGAGAGAGAGAGAGAGAAAGAGAGAGAGAGAGAGAGAGAGGGAGAAAGAUGGUGAAAGAAGGGAGAGAAAGACAGAAUGCGCUACUUCCAAAUGAUAGGAUGAUUGACAGAUAUAACAUCGAGAGGAGAAAUUUGAAGAUUCAGAAUUAUGACUGCAAAUUUCGAAAAUGGCGCUCAUUUGUGGAAUUUCUUUGUUAAGAACGUGCUUGGAAGCACGCAUUUUCCAUGAGAGCGUACACUUCACCCACAGAUCUAUAUUUCACAUACAGAUUACAUAGACUACACAGAUACACCGACAAAAACACACACUAUUGUUUACGAGUUCACGUGUUCUCUUUUCGGGUUUUUCUUUUUUUCUGUUUUGUUAAGAUGUUCAGAGACAUUCCACACCGGGCAUAUAUGAGCACAUCGUCGCGUAAAGUUUUUUUUUAAAUGAUAUUUUUGCCUUUUUUUGUAAGGAUAAAUUAUUAUUACAAUUUAACAAAAAAAACUUUUUUUUCGAACGCCCGAAAGAGGCUAAUCAUUUUCUGUUUUUUUCUUUUAUGAAUAUUACUCUGGUUCUUAAAUUGUUUCAUCACGUUAGUUUUAAAAAAUUUGAUUAAAAUUGCAAAAAAAGCUAUUUGAAUAUAUUUUAUUGUAUUAUACUUAAUUGUGAUUUGCAAAAAAACCUUUUUUAACACGGCACAUACCGUAGCAAUAAAUAAUAAAAUAUAUGAAAAUAGUCUGUUUUUGCAACUUUAAUCAUAAAUUUCUGAAAAUUAAUAAUUUCUUAGAAUGUGAUAUGAUGGAGCAAUUUUUGAAAAUUAUAUUCAGCAUAAAAGACGGAAAAUGGUUAUUCUUUUUCUUGCUUUUUUCUUUGUUAAAUUAUACAUAGCUUCUCAAGACAAAUUGGAAAGAGAAAAAUUACGACAAUAAAAUUUUGUUUGUAAAAUGUAAAGGAAAAUUUUCCGGGUAUACUGGAUAUAAUUAUUGUGCGAAAAACGAAAGAAAAACAUUCUUUGUAUUAUAUUUAUGAUGAUUAUGCUACGGAUCAAUAUUGAUUUUUAAUUGUACAGUUUAAAUACAAAUUUUUUUUAGAAUCGUGCCUUUGCAGACAGAUCCGUAAAUGAGAGAGAAAAAAGGAGAAAAAGCGCGAAAGCGAGUAAAAGAUACAAGAAAAAAGAAAUUGUUAUAAUAUAUUUUUACGUAUCGAUAAAUUCAGAUGCGACACCAAAUUUGGUUUUCUAGUUAAUAUAUCUGUAAUUGUUUUCACGUUAUAAAUAUCUUUAUAUACAUUUGUUUUCGUUAUCAAUUUGAUAGAUUUUGUACGUGUAAUUGCAUGCAUUAUCGAACGUAAUUGUCGGACUGUAAGAAAGAAGAAAAAUAGACAUACGCGUAUAUCACGGGCAGUCCAUAUUAAUAAUAAAGAUAAAAAAAAAUCUCUAAGAAAAAUCAAAUCAAUCACUGCGAUGAAUCAAGAAAGAGAGCGCGAGAUAACGAGAGAAAGGAGAGGAUGGGAGUAUGCUUGAGAUAGAAAGAGAGAGAGAGAAAAAAAAUAAUAAAAAUGGAUUUGUUACACAAGACAAGUAUAACUAGAGUGUAAAUUAAUUUAUUUUAUCGAGGAAACGCGCGUUACUGUCGAAAAAUGAAUAGACGAAGAAGCAAGGAUAAAGAUGCAUCGAUCUACAAUCGUACACACAUGUAUACGUAUACACAUGUAUACGUAUACACAUAUACACACGCGCGUACGCGUGUUCAAACAGAUCGAGUAGAAAAAAAAGAGAGUAAUCGAGACGAUAUUUUGUCAUUUUUCAAGAUGUUAAAAAUUAAUAGUUGUAAAUAAAUCAUAAAGUAACAUCGCACGAAAAUAUUCGUCAGAUGAUCAAUCAAAGAAAAGUUUCGAUCUUUAAGAAGGUUGAAGAUCUUUAGAACAUUGUUACGCGACUUUGCGCGAUAACUCUGUAUUUGCUAAAAUAAGUAUAUUUUGCCAAAAAAAAAAAAUUGAAAAAAUUUGCGAAGGUAAAUUAUUAUAUUAUUUGGAUUCAUUAAAAGCAUCAUGUUGCCCGUUUGAGUCUUGAUUAUUCUCACGUUACAUCUACGUCCAACGAGAUCUCCAUCUCUUUCCCCUCUCCUGUGAACGCCUCCUCUCCUGUACUCAUCACUGUCAUCAUUUGUGCAGCCGGCAGAGUUUUCUAUUGUCUGACGUGGAAUUGACAGUCAAGGAUCGAGUGAAAGAGCGAAAGAGAGGGAGAAAAUGUAGAAAAGCUUUUUACCAAAAAUAUGCGAGAGCUGCAGGCUAUUCGCGCGACAUAUAAGAAAAUGAUGAAGGAGAAAUGACGAUGGCAGCAAGCACAGGUAGUUAGAGUUUUAGAAAGAGAGAAAGAACGAACGAGCGAAAGAAAGCCGAGUCGUGUAGUUAUUAUUAUAAUAUUACAAUAAUGACGAUGUAUUAUUAUAAUUAACGAUUUACUAUUAUUGAUGUCAUCUAAACGUAUGAAAGAUUUUUACACUGUUGAGACUUGAAGUAAAUAAUAUAUUUAGUUUAUUUUGGUACAUCACGAUUUGAUGACGAGAGAGUGAGAGAGAUAAAUUGAAAAAAAAGGAGGUGAAGAAGUAGAGAGGCGAAGUACGAGCUAUUUUUUAAGAGACAGACUUAUUACUCGAUUUGACUCCACAUAUUAAAGUAAAAAGUAAAAAAAAACAGAGGGUAAGUGCGAAAGAGAGAGUGAGUGCGAGAUAAAGAGUGUGUAUGAGUGAAAGAGAGAGAGAGAGAGAGAGAGAGAGAGAGAGGGGAUAUAAAGCCGAGAUGGAAGUGAGAAUGAGAGGAGCAUCUAGCGAGUGCGUAUAGUGUAUUUGUUGCACAAGGCGAGAUUGUCACCAAUUGACUGACAAAAAAAUCCAUAUGUGAUUUUAAUAGUAAAUUUUGAGAAUUUUACUAAAUAGACUUGUAUACAACUAAAAAAAAAAAAAAACUAAAGUAAUUAUCGUGACCGACCAAACGAAAAAAAAGAAGAGGGAGAAAGUGAGUUAACAGAGCAGCAUUAAUAGUUGCGCCGACCCGUUUAGAAGGGGAUGAGGACGCACUGUAAUGCGUCUCCAACAUCCUCAAAUACAGGCAAGAAAAUUCUGUAAGAAGAUAGAAAGAGAGAGAGAUGGAAAAGAAGGGUGGCCGGCAAAACGAAGCGAGAGAAAAAAAGCGAUCGUGAGCGAGAGCGCAUAAUUAUUGUGUACAGAGAACGCGCAUAGAGACGCGUCUUUUCUUUUUUGAGCGCGCGCGACAACGUGUCUCGCGUAGAUAGUUAGAGUUGAACUGAAUGAAAAGGAAAAAAAAUCCUUAGAAUUAAGGCGAGACGUGUGCGAGUGAACGACGAGCACUCGCUCGAAUUAGGAGAUAAUAGGAACGGGGCGAUCUUUUAUCGGCUAAGUUUACAACGGUAGUUAGGUAGAACAAUAGUUUAGCUAUAAUAUAGUAAUAGUUAGGAUACGAAUACAUAUAUAAAUAUAUGCCUCUCAUUUCCCGUGUCUACCUGCCAUCCCUCCGUGUUACCUUAUCGCGGACACGAGAGCUCAGGGAGAGCGAGACACGGGCAUGGGGCACCGUUCAGCCUAUGCACCUCGCACCCGUCAAGACUGACUGGCUAUUCAUAUUUUAAUUGAUAAAUAUAUAUAUAUAUAUUAUUCUACAGUAUAUAUAUAUACAUAUGAGCGCUAUACUUGUAUAAUUGUAUAAAUAGUAAGGAACUAUUUGCUUGCUGCGCACCGCGGGUCGGGUGCGUGGGCUGGCCGGAUGUGGGCUUUUGAAUUUGAAUCACGAUAGGGCGUGGGAGCUCGCGUGGAAUUUCGCACGGCGAAGACAAGUCGCCACACCUCAUCCCCCUUGCCCCACAAUCUAGAGCCGAUAUUAUUCUGGAGGAUUAAGAUUUCGGCGCGCAAAAAAAAACGAUCCUCAUAGUCUCCCUUGUGGUGUAUAAUAUCGGUGUCACGAGACGUCAGAAGCGAAAAAUCAUAUGAAUGUUUUUUUUCCUCUUCCUUGUACGAUUCUUUGCUUCUAACGUGAAGCUUUUGUCGUGAAAGAGCUCGCGAGCUUCCCCGCAGUCUAUGGCCACCACCAACAUGGGUUUUCCGGCAAGAAAGCGGUUCUUGCUGCUGCGGACGAUGCUGCUUUCCAGCGUAAAGCUUUCUCUAGAAUUAUAGCAUAGAAACUUUUUUAGAUUAGACAUACUGUAGUCGAUAGGCUCUGAUUGUAGAAAAAAAGUGGAUGUGAGAGAGGGAAAUUGAGAGCGAGGAGAGAACGAGACGAAAAGAUGUAGGAUGUUUUUAAGUAAAAAUAAUGUUUAGUCGAGAUCGGCUUAAGAGAGCGAAUGCGUGCGUUUGUUGCGUGCGAGAGUGUGAGUGAAUUAGCGAUAAAAGCGAGGUCCGAGGUGAGACUAGAUCAUCGUCUUGUACUUCGAUUUGUACAGUCCUUAGUUUUCCAAGUUUUUAAGUUAUUGUUUUACACGUGUUUGUUAAGCGACAUAGUUGUAAUUAGUCGACAUCUCUGUUUCUUCUUCCACAUUUCCUCCUCUCCCCCUCCCCCCGCCGGCCGAUGUAUCUCCGCGCCCCACACCACUCUUUGUCUCUUGUUUUCUUUUUGCAUUUGUAUUCCGCUCGUCCUUCGUGCUCGGCGACGAACGAACUCUCGAACGAAGGAAGCGGGACUUGUGUGUGCGUAAUGUAAUACACUACGAUGGAACGAGAAAAAAAAAAUGAGAGACACGUACCCCGUGUACCGCUUAUUUUGCGUCGUCUUUCCAAGGUUGGCCAGAGACGGAGAGAAAAAGCGCAGUAACACAGAAAAACGGGGAGAAAAAAACUGAUGUCGUCGGACGCUGGAGUCUCUUUUUAAAUCCGUGCGCGAGGAUCAAUUUGUAGAAUUUCGAGUACUUUUAAGGCAGAGCUGAAGAAAUGGCGUUUUAGCAUGUAAUGUGAAGAAAAAAAAAAAAUCUUUAGACGUUAAGGCAAGUUGUGUCAUAGCUAGUUAAGAGAUCUAGGGAGACUCUUAGGAAGUCGAAUAGGUGCUGUAAUAAAACAAAGUUUAACAAGAAACAAGUCAGAAUUAGAUUUUUCAUGAAUAAAGAAAAAAAAAUAAUGAAAAAAGCUCGAAGAUGAACGUAAAAGGGGGAUGGGAGGGGGGAAACGUAACACACGCGACGACGACGACAUAUGGAGCAUAAGCCACUAAAAAGUGCCCUUAGUUUAUUUUGGAUCGUUUAAAAAAAACGCUAGUCUUUGUGUGAGAAGAGAUAACGUGGGAAUUUUUAGAUAGAAUCUUCGGAGAAUAAACAAGCAAACAAAUGAAAAAAAAAGAAGAAAAAACUGGAAAAAGGACAAAAAAAAGAAGAGCCGAAGAAAAAUCGCGCGCGACGAGAAAAUAUUGCGAGCAGACGAAAAAACCGACGAGAGAAUGUGUGAGCGAAAGUGAGAGAGUAGGAGCGUGUGCGCGUGUGUGUACGUAGGUGUAUGCCAUAAACUUCAAAAAAGGGGGAAAAAAAGAAAAAGCAGAAAGAUAACGCGUACUCAAAAAGAGAACCAUCAUCUGCCUAUUUUACAUACAGAAGACUACAGCGCACACUUGUGUGCAGAAUAUACACACACACACACACACACACACAGAACUUGUACAGAAAGAAAAAGAGGGAAAAAGAAUGCGCGCGCUAUUGCGAGGGUGCACGCUCUCCGCUGCUCCUGUAUUAUUAACGCAUACACCCUAAAUGUGUGUCUCUGCUAUAGGGGCGUGCACACUUGAAUCGGUGGUCUUUUUAGAAUUACACGAGUAAUGAAGAAACGGUUUGGUAAAUAAUUAAAUACUUCGCGAUGCGGGGAAGCGAAUUUCCCAAAUUCGUCACGAUUAUCGUCCCUUAUUUUUGAUCAAUAAACGAUCUGUUUUGGGGAUUUA